CACCUCAUCUCAUGGAACAAUGCAACACAAGUUUGGAGCUGUAUUUAAACUCGCUUAGUAACAUGAUUGCUGUUGCAAACUCUAUAGUCUCUCUCUCUCUCUCUCUCUCUCUCUCUCUCUCUCUCUCUCUCUCUCCUCUCUCUCUCAGACACACAAACACACGCACAGUCGGCACACACACCCCUAUCACCAAGACUGUGCUAGUACUACCGGCCGUGUAAUGGAGCAGGAGCUCAACCUUGAGCUCACCCUCUUCCACCCCUCGGUCUCGCCGGAGCCGCCCGGCUACUUCAUCUGCAUGUACUGCGACCGCAAGUUCUUCAGCUCUCAGGCUCUCGGUGGCCACCAGAACGCGCACAAGUACGAGCGCAGCCUGGCCAAGCGCCGGAGGGAGAUCGCCGCCGCCCUGCGCGCGCACGGGGCGGCCGCCACCGCCACGGGCGCCCGGGACGCCGCCGCUAUGGGCUUGGGCUCUCGCGAUGUCCCCGCCAGGCCCCAAGGCACGGGUACCGGAGUCGUCGUCGUCGUCGAUGAAGAUAAGAGUGCAACAAGGAUGGAUAAGGAGAAGGCUGCUGCUGCUGCUGCCGCUGCCGCUGCCGCUCCCGCGCCUGCCCCGCCGAGCAACAAGAGGAGGUCGCCGGACUCCGGCUACGGGGUCGAGCGCGCCGAGGAGCUGGACCUCUCCCUCAGGCUUUGAUUGCUGGUUCCUCUUCCUCCUCCACCUUUAAUUGGCCCCGUUGUUGUUUGCUUAGAUAAUUCGAUCUGUAUGAUGAGUGCAAUAAUCUUUUUCGAGUGCCUGGUAUCUCUGGAUCCAUCAAUUCCUCAUGUAGUUGUGCAGUUAUAUUCUUCGAUCUGAUGAUGCAACUUAUCGGCAAGAACUAUUGUCAGUCCAUCCUUCUAUCCAAAGGGCGUGGUAUUUGGUGUGCUCAUCGGUUGUGCCUUGAAUCCUCCUUUGUGCGCAGUUUUUAUUUAAGCUUUAGCUCGCUUUAUUUUCGAAAGGGCCGCAUGAGUUUUGCCGCAAUGUUUGGAGCUUUUUCAAGUGAUUCUAAAUUGCGCAUAUGCCAUAUAUCAAACUUUGUCCAAUUUGUGAUGUAGUAGUAAUGCUUCAACUCUGCUUGAUAUCUCGCUUCUCGUGUGUCCCAGAGUAUUAUGAUUCCAGUAUAUCUCGUUGUCAACUAGAACUGUGGCACUAGUACAGGUAUCUAUUGUACAUCAUUGAAUUGUUGUAUCAUAGGAACUGAACUUCUCCUAGGAUUCCAGUGA